AUGCUCUUAGGAGAGGUGCAACGGCGUCAAGGAAGGCUGAGAGAGGCAGAGGUGAUAUUUCUUAAGGAGCUAGAGGAAGCGGAGAAUACUUCCGGAUUAGACCACCCUGAUACUCUGACAGCUGUCAACAACCUGGCCCGGGUGCUGCGAGAUCAAGGGAGGUACGAAGAAUCUGAGGUGAUGAAUCGCCGUGCAUUGGAGGGGUACGAAAAACGGCUUGGAUCGGACCACCCUAACACUUUGAUGGCUGUCAACAACCUGGCUCUGGUGAUCUGGAGUCAAGGGAGGUACCAAGAAUCGGAG